AUGGCUCCCCGGCCAGAGCUCUAUCACCUUCAAACACCAGAGCACAUUAUAUUUCCCUCUGAGUUGCAGGAGUAUCUGCGAGGUCCAAACCCGACGCCAGCAAGGUGCACCGAUGGCAAGGGGCCCUCCGUGCCUCCUCCUCUCGCCUACACAGAGUUUCUCAAAGCUCUUAGCCCAGUAUUCGGCAGUCCUCUGGAGUCCGCAACUACACCUUACUCAUACACUUUCAACAAACAGCUUCCCUCCCCGCAAUCACUCCCUUCAACAGCGUCAACAACCUCCUUUUCCAGCGACACCGUGACCGCAGUGAGGGCACCAAAGACCCACAGACGCGCACGCUCAGGGCCUCCAACUCCUUUGAACGUGCCUAGGUCCGCUGUGGAAUCAGGACAGCUCCGCCGGCUGCGCAUGUCCCCAUCCUAUCCGUACUCACCGGGCGUGGUGGACUCGCCCAAGAGCGCGUAUGCCGUUCGGUCCCCGUAUCCACCGCUGGAUCGGCAAAUGCGACACGUGGGUUCGCCUGCUAGUACUGGGAGGUCAAUCACCAUUCAGCAUAUUGUCACGCAUACUGUGACACUGAAGCGAGUUCCUUCGCUUGCGCCGCCGCCGAAGGGGAAGAGGAGGCGGAUGAACCAGACUACGCAAUGA